AUGGAAGAUUCUCAGAACGCAAAUAGAGGAGAGCAAAGAAAAGUUCUUGUUAGGAUAAAUUUACAACGAAAAGAUUUUACAUUUUAUUGGCAAUUAGAUAAACAAAUUUGUCAAUCUGCUCAAGAAACAAAUUUAAAUUCAGUUAAACAUGUAUAUAUUUGUAGUACAAAAACAAAUAAGAAUCCAGCCAAUUAUUUUCCAAAUGCUACGGAAUUAACAAUUAAACAUUGUCUUGAAAAACUUGAUGAUUUAUUGGUACAAACACUAAAUAGAAUUGUUCCCUUACGUCAACUUACCAAAUUAAUUAUUAAAGAUUUUCAUAUUAAUUUUGAUAAAUUUAUUGAUGUAUUAUAUUUGAGACCACAUUUACAUACAUUUAAAAGUGAUUUUUUAUCUCUUAAUAGUAUUUAUCCCAGUGCAAUUAGAAAAACUGGUACUUUUCGACAUGUAUUACAUACAAAUAGAAUUAAAACUUUGGAACUUCGUCAUGAAUGUACAUUAGAAGAAAUUCAAUUGAUUGUUGAUUUAUUUCGUCAAUUGAAUUAUUUAAAUAUUGGAAUGAAAAGCAAAGAAAUUGAACCAAUAGUUCAAUAUCAAUUAACUGUAAUGAUUGAAAAAGAAAAUGUACUUGAUGAUUAUUUGAUUAAAUUUGUAAAUCGUGAUAUGUAUUUGUGGUGCUAG